GGCGACCUUUGCCCUCAGCGACAGUUUCCGGAGAUGCUUACAGCCUGAGCGGCACCGACGAGAACCAGCACAGGGGCGAGAUGGCAGACGUACUGGAUCUUCAUGAGGCUGGGGGCGAGGAUUUCGCUAUGGAUGAAGAUGGGGACGAAAGCAUCCAUAAGCUGAAAGAAAAGGCGAAAAAACGGAAGGGUCGUGGCUUUGGUUCUGAAGAAGGGUCCCGAGCGCGGAUGCGUGAAGAUUAUGACAGUGUGGAGCAAGAUGGUGAUGAGCCAGGACCACAACGCUCUGUUGAAGGCUGGAUUCUCUUUGUUACUGGAGUCCACGAGGAAGCCACAGAAGAAGACAUUCACGACAAAUUUGCAGAGUAUGGGGAAAUAAAAAAUAUCCAUCUCAACUUGGAUAGACGGACUGGGUAUCUGAAGGGAUAUACUUUAGUUGAAUAUGAAACAUACAAGGAGGCACAGGCUGCUAUGGAGGGACUCAAUGGCCAAGAUUUGAUGGGACAGCCAAUCAGUGUGGACUGGUGUUUUGUUCGGGGUCCACCCAAGGGCAAGAGAAGAGGUGGCCGAAGACGCAGUAGGAGUCCAGAUCGGAGGCGUCGCUGAAAGCCCCUUUUGUGCAGGGGUUCGAUCCAGAUUUUCCAUUUGACUGUGCAGUCUUGGAAGAAUGGUUUCGGGUGGGGGUGAACCUCAAAUGUGUUUAUAUUCGUCUCUUAUAUUAUUUGCCUAGUGUUUGAUUUAGAAUAAAUACUCCAUUUUUGUUUUCUACUUUAAAGUCACCUUGCUGUCAUAACAUUGCAGCUCUGAAACAUUAUUUGUAGGAAGGUAGAUGGUGUGACUGGGAAGGUUCUUUUGCCUGUGAGAGUUUUGUACAUUAAACAUAGUCUCAAUUUU